AUGAAUGCAAAAGAGACGGACUAUAAAAGAGUUCUGUUAGGUUCAGAGCAGGAAUUGGCUGCCAAAGUGAUAUCGCUCGAAGCGACGGUGGCUGCACUGGAAAAUAAGCUUCACGAUAUAUCUCAAAAAGGUUCAGUUUACACCAGAUGGGGGCGAAACGUCUGUCCUGGAUCAAGCGAACUGGUAUAUAAAGGAUUUACCGCCGGAAAAUACUUUAAUGAAGCCGGUAGUGGAAGCGACGAGCAAUGCCUUCCCAGCGAUCCAACAUGGGGUCGUUAUGUUGACGGAAAUUACGGCGACUAUAGAGCUAGAAUCUUCGGGGCUGAAAUAGAUCUUCCAGAGGCAACAAGAUACUUUCCAUACGACGUCUUUGAGCAAGACAUCCCAUGCGCAGUGUGCCGUACAAACCAUUCUAUUAACAUCAUGAUUCCCGCAAGAACUUCAUGCUACGCUGGCUGGACGGAGGAAUAUUCCGGCUUUCUGAUGGCGGGAACACACGAACGAAUUGGAGCGUUUGAUCACAUUUGCGUUGAUGGGCGACCUGAAUUUCUUCAACAUGGAGGAACCAAUGACAACCAAAACAUUCUCUAUCUCGUCGAGGCACAAUGCGGAUCCCUCCCAUGCCCACCAUACGUACAGGGUCGCGAGCUGGCUUGUAUCGUCUGCUCAAAAUAA